AUGUUGCCUCCACGAUUGGCGCAGUUCAUGCAAAGCUUUGGCUUGCUGUUGCAACGAACACCGGACGUCAAGCGAGCCGCGCGGGCCGUGCCACACACCCCAACCACGGUGCAGCCAGCCCCAGGGGCGAAGGAGAGACGAAACCUGACUCAUCAAGGCCGGCUGAGGAGCCUGAGGACUCGGAACCGGGAGCCGCCGAGCAGAGCGAAAACGGGUCCAACGACAAAGAGCGGCCAAGACGCGGCCGACGGCGAAACACCUGAGGUCAGCGAAGUGACCCCACGCGACAGCACACACAAGCUGACGGCUCGCACGAGGAAGCAUCGCACGGGCAACUUGGAACCUGAAGCUUUGCCUGACGGGGAGCAAGCCAAUGCGAAUGCCUUUGGCACGAACCUUAUCCAAACGGGCCUUCUCGGCAACAGCCUGCCGCCGCCAAGGAAGGCCCAUGACCGCCCCAAGGACUUCGCCUUCACCUUUAACCGCCGGGUGGCGGCCGUGCAACGAAGCCGCCGCAGCCGGCGUGCGGCCCCAGAUCUGGGUUUUCUCGGCAUUCGUGCACAUGCCGGAGAUGGUGCUAAACUCAUCCCACUCAGAGACAACGGCAAGAACACGCGGAAGAGCGGUACCGACGCAAGUACGGUCAUCGAGGAAGAGGACCUGCUUGACAUCGGGGAAGCGAGACUGACUGCGAGAAAAGACAGGCUGGAGAGCCGCCGCCAAAGCCAAAGGAGCAAAGGGAUCUCCUUGCGGCAGCCCACGAGCACCGUGGAGGGCCUCGUGGGCGACGCAACCACCAACGCAAGUCCAACGGAUCUGCCCACGCCACUGGUGCUGCAGAAGAGUCAACGCCGGACCUUCCAAACCCCAUUGCCGGAGAGCAUGAAGAGCAACCUCGGGCUCCAGACUAUCAAACGCCUUCAAGAUGCCGCUCGAGAAACCUGCCAGGCAGUGCUGCACACGGAUCCCCGACAGUUGCUGGAGACACUGGAAGCUCAAGGGGGCCACGAUGAAGUUUCAGCUCGAGCAUUGGAGGUUAGCCGCAAGUUGUUCGACUUUGCGGGCAUGGCCGAUUCUAUUGGGAAUGCGGCGCAAUGGUGCCAGGACACAGUGAACCAGGUGCAAAGCAAGGUUGUGGGAGUGCAGGAAGCGGCAACUUUGAUCCAGGGUGCGAAUGGGUAUGUGCAAGAAGGCACGCAGCUUACUGGACAAGCCUGGGACAGCAUGAAAGGACUGGGCGACAAGAUGGGCACAAUCUACAAAGAUUUCGAGCCGCUUCAACCGGCUUUUGCCAGUGCCAGUGGUGCGACACAGAUCACCACGGAUCAAAACUUUCUGUCCAAGUUGGUGCACUGCAUCCGGGAGAUCAUCAGCAGCAACAGCAUCCUUGACAUCCUCGGGUCGUCGCUCGAGAAGGUGACCCACAUCUUCACACAGAUCAAGGACACCGUCAUGAGCAUUAUGUCGAAGCUUGGAAGCCGAAGGCUGCGGCAGGCCGGGGAGGAGGGCCGGCGCCUUCUGGAUUACAGUCAGCUGCUUGAUGGAAUUGAUUUUGAAUGGAUCGGAAGCAAGAUCACAGGCUUUGUGAAGACGAUCAAAACUCAAUCAGAAAAUUUGGUUGACAUUGAUACCGUCCUGGGCCCAAUGCUGGCCCACAUGGACAAGACCGGCCAGUCUGUACGACGCUUGGAUUUCGUGACCGAGGCACAGAGCUCCAUUUCAGGCGCUGUCUCACUGAAGGAGCAAGCCGAGAAAAACAGCCGGGCCAUCGGCAAGAUCAUACCGACAUGGCAAGCUGUUGAGGGCACUGCGGUCAGCAUGUGCCCGUCAGUGCUGGCAACGAAGGACACCAUUGGCCACCUGCAGUGUCGGACGACGGAGUUCGUGAGCAAAGCCGGUCUCUCCUCCUGGGUCCCAUCGCAGGUGACGGACAUCGUGGGAAACUGUCCAGCCAAGUUGCCGACGACGGAGGAAGCUGUGGCGCAGGGCUGCCCGGAGAAGGCCCAGUCCGCCAACGUCAAGGAUGUACUCGGAGCCUCGCCAGGGAGUCAAGGGCCGGGUACGAGGGGGAGGGUUUAA